UAAUCACGUCACAAAAUUGACAAAAUCGAAAACAAGUUGCUUACCAAAUCACAACAAGUGUUAAAAUUUGUUCUUCAUAAAAACAGAGCAUUAUAUAACAAAAUAGAUAUGAAAACAAGAAAAUGAUACAAUCAAAUCAAAUGGAUCCCAAAAUCUGGAGUCGAUUACCAGAAGAUGUAUUAGAGCAUUUGCUUUCAUUUCUUCCAUUAAAAGCUUUCUUGAAACUCAGAUCAACUUGUAAGCAUUUCAAAACUCUUCUUUUUUCACCCCCUUUCAUUUCUAAACACUCCCCUUCUUCUUCUUCUUCUUCUUCACCUUUUUCUUCGUUUUUCUUACUUUCACAUCCACAGUUUCCUAGACAAUACCCUUUAUUCGAUACUGUUCAUAACAACUGGCGGAAUUUAUCUCUGUGUAUUUCCCCUGUUUUGCCAUCUUCUUCCUCUGUUCUUUUAUCUUCCUCUAAUGGGUUGCUUUGUUUUACUCGCCCAAGUUCUACUUCUUUCAUUAUAACUAAUGUUUUAGCUAGAUCUUCUAGGGUUUUAGAAUACCCAAAUUUGCCUUUUUCUUUUGAGUCUGUUACUUUGAUUUCUUCAGCUAAUAAUGGGUAUAAGCUGUUUGUGAUGUCUGCUUUUGGAUCUUCAAGUAAAGUUUUUGUUUAUGAUUCUUUGGUUCAUUCCUGGAGUCAAUUUGGGGGAUUUGAUCGGAUUUUAAAUGAGAAUCAUCAUCAAGAAGGGGUUUUUCAUGAUGGGUAUUUGUGGUUUAUUACACCGGAGCCUUAUUUUAUAGUUUCUAUUGAUCUUGAUAAUGGGGUUUGGAAAAGAUCAAAUUUUGAGCUUCCUAGUGAGGUUACUUUUGCUAGAUUGGUGAGUGAUGGGGAUAAAAAAUUGUUCUUGAUUAGUGGAAAUGGGAGUAAUGGGAUUUCAAGAAGCAUGAAGUUGUGGGAAUUGAAUGGGGAUUCUAAGAUUUGGAUUGAAGUUGAGAAUGUGCCUGAAUUGAUUUGUAGGAAGUUUUUAUCUGUUUGUUAUCAUAACUAUGAACAUGUUUAUUGUUUUUGGCAUAAAGGGUUGAUUUGUGUGUGUUGUUAUUCUUGGCCUGAGAUUUUGUAUUAUAAGGUUUCUAGAAGGACUUGGCAUUGGCUUCCUAAAUGCCCUUCAUUGCCUGAUAAAUGGAGUUGUGGAUUCAGAUGGUUUUCCUUUGUUCCUGAGUUAUAUGCAUUUGUGUAAUAGUAACAUCUGCCGCAGUGGUGGGACUGCUCCACCCUUAGUCAGAGUUCUCGUUGGGAGCGAAUCCAUGAAUGGGCCUGCCAGAAGUGUAUGAUUUGGAUUUAGUCGGGCCUGGGCGGGGAGAAGAAAAACAUCAACCGGUUCUUGAAGGUGAAAUCCUGUACUCCUGGAAGUGUUUGGUGUUUGUUUCUCGACUCUCUUUAUUUUUGUUUUGUUUUGGUGUAUAUAAAGUGGUAUUAUCUGUGGUUUAUUUGUUACAGUUAGCAGUGAUCUAUCAUUAUAUGAAAAUAAACCUUGUAGAAGCAUUGUUUGGUUGAAAGAAUUUGUGUUGUUGAACUUUGGUGUACUUUGAAAGCAGUUGAAAUGUAUUGAUCUUCGAAUGUGAUUGAUGUCUC